GCCGCUUUACUCAAUCUCCAGCUUUCACUAUCCCUACCAAACGUCGAUUCUCAAUGUCUUUACCUUCUGCAAUUUUUGUGGAUUUCUUGCUUUUUUUGAGCUCAAGUUCUUGAGGGCCUUCUUUAAAUAUUGGUAAGCUAAUAGGGGAUUUUGAGCGUAAAAUUGAGCAAGGAAAGUGGGUUGGUGCGAUGGGGUUGUUUGCUGAGGUUGUGGCUACCAUAAUACUGUUGGUGACAAAGCCAUUUUCACUUUGCAAAUUGAUAGGUGUGUUUUAUGUGAGAACAACUUGGAUUGUUAUUCGAACCUGGAUUGAUUUCAUAAAGGCUGCUGUUUCUUUCCAUGUGAACUUGAUUUUGAAGGCGAUAUUAUGGAUGAUUGGUCUUGUAUCUCUUCCUCUACAAUUCUUGAUGGCUUUCCAAAGGGAGAGACUGCUGGAAAAGCAGCUUCAUGAGUUGCAGUUUGAGUUGGAGACUCUUGUUUGGGACAGGAAAGAGCUUGAGGACCAUCUGCAGACAGCUAUUAAAGAACGCAGGAUAAUGGAAUCAAUACUAAUGGAACUUGAAGAGGAACUUGAAAGUGCCAUUGCCAAAAUUGAACUAUUAGAUGGCGAGUUGCAAGAGUUGAAGGAUGAGAACCUUCGCCUGAAGGAAAUUCAGGGUAAAGCAGCAUGGAGCCUGAAAGGUCAUAAUGAUGCUGACGGUGGCAAAAACAUUGGUAUUGUUGACAACCAAAGCGUUGCCUAUGGUAUUUCAUCCUGGAAAACCAGUUAUAUGAGUGGUGGCAUCACCUUCCAAGACCUGAUGAUAAACAAAGAUGGAUGGGAGAAUAAAACCAAGAGUGAUAAAGAAAUUUUCAAUCUCAUAAAAGCUGACCCUACUUCCAGUGGAUCCAUGGACCCUCAUAUGCACCGUGCUGUUCCUAAAGAUUUAGAAACAAAUGAAGUUCUUGGCCAAAGAAGGGAGGCUGCACUCUCACAGAGUCUUUUUAGUGCAGUUUUAUCACUUUUGGUUGGAAUGAUAAUCUGGGAAGCAGAUGACCCAUGUAUGCCCCUGGUGGUUGCUCUCUUUACUGUUGUUGGCUUGUCACUCAAGAGUGUUGUUCAGUUUUUCUCCACCAUAAAGAACAAACCUGCUUCUGAUGCAGUUGCUCUCUUGAGCUUCAAUUGGUUCAUACUUGGCACACUUACUUAUCCUACAUUGCCAAGGAUUGCCCUUAUGUUGUUUCCACUGUCCUUGAAUCUUUUGGAUCAGAUAGCCAUUUGGUUUGGCCUCUCAUUCAACUAGCUUAUACGUUUUUGUGGUUCUAGGAGUUUAGAUACCUAUGUACAAUAGGCUUGGAACAGGGAGUUUUCUUGUAAUGAAUGUUGUAUGCUAAAGUGUUUCAAUCCCUUUCUGCAUCCUGCAUGCUUCGACACAUAUCUGGUCGUGUGUACUUCUAUGAGUAUCACUUGUUAGAGCAUACAGACAUGGAUAUGUGAAGUAGGGAUAUAAACCAGUGUUCCCUUCAAAGCUAUAAAUAUUUCUCAAUAUU